GAAUUAUACGUGAAGUUAUAGAGCAUUGUAUAAUUGAAAGUAUUAUAUGAAUAUAAAUAUUAGCUAAUUUUUCGUAUAAUUUAGUUCCAAAUUUUUUUAAUCUGAUUUAUAAUUUCAUUUGUUAUUUGACGGACUAACUUAUAAUAUCAUCUGAUUUUAUUUGCAAGGUAAAACCAUCUUAUAUAUACUCAAUUAUUCUCAGUCAAUUCACUUAUUGCCUAUACCAUUGACUGAAUUUUAUUGCCUUACAUCUAUACCAUUAUCAACUUCAUUUAUUUAUAAUUGCUGAUUCAAUAAUGUCAUUAAGAACUUUAGGAUUAAACUCCACUGUUAAAAAUUUAUUCACAAGACAUACAGAUAUAACUAGAACAGUUUCUACUGUUUUGGAUUUCAGAAAUGAAGGAUCUAAAGACGUUGAAUCUAUCAUGACAAGAUCGGAUAAAGAAUUGGGAGGUUACUCAACUGUUAAUUUCACAAUUGAUCCUGAAGAAAAUGUGGGUCAUUUUCAUGGUUAUCUUAGUUUGGAUUUACCAAAGGAUAAUCCAGAAGUUACUAGACUGGGUUAUGCAAUGUUCAGAACCAAAGAUCAAAAAGAAUCAUGGAUCUCUGGUGAUUCUUAUUGGGAUUGGUCAAAUUUCGAUUCAUUGGUUAUGAGAGUUAAAGGUGACCGUAGAAAAUAUUUAUUGAAUAUUCAAGCAAAUACUCCAUUGGUAACUGAUUUAUUUCAACAUCGUCUUUUCUUACAUCAUCCUGGUCAAUGGGAAACAGUUGUCAUUCCAUUAAAUGAUUUUGUCAUGACUAAUUGGGGAGUUAUCCAAGAUGGAUCCGAUAUAAACAAAGCAGAAGUUAAAACAUUUGGUGUAGGUCUUUUAGAUAAACAAUAUGGUCCUUAUUCUUUGAAGAUUGACUGGGUUAAAGUCAUGACUGGAGCUGAAGUAUUGAAAGAAACUAAUAAAUCAAGAUCCCAAUUAAUUCACGAAGAUCAUGUUAAUAAUGGAGGUAUUGAAAAUGAUCCAAUUGAUCCACAUAAACAUGCUCUUCAUGAGCAACAAACUGCUGGAUCUCCUCUUCACACUAUUAAGCCAGAAGAACCAAAGGGCACCUUAUUUUAGAUUUUUAAUAUCUAGAAGAGUGAAAGUUGCUGGUUAACUUUUUAAAAUUACAGAUUCUAUUUGAUUUCAAUUUCUUAUGUAAUGAUUGAUUGGUCCUAAAUACUGGUUAUUUACUUACUUCAAUUGUUAUUUACAUACAUUUUAUUUAUUAUAAUUAUAGCUCAAGAUACAUACAUACACACAUACAUUUACAAUGUUCUGUAUCAUGCUCAAUUGCAUUGCAUAAUAUUAUGGAUUGAAUAUUGCAUCUUCUAUAUGAAAAAUCUCUUACAUAAAAAUAUAAAAAAACUGAAAAAAAAUA